AUGGCUGGCAGCUCAAAGCCACUUCGAGUUAUCAUUGCUGGCGCGGGAAUUGCAGGCUUGGCAACUGCAAUCUCACUUACACGAAUCUCUGGCAUAGCAGAUCUAGAUAUUCAGCUGUAUGAGCAGGCCCCGGAGCUCCGAGAGAUCGGAGCUAGUAUUGCACUCAGCCCCAAUGGUUUACGAACACUCGAAAAGCUGGGAGUAGAUUCUGCUCUGAGUGACGAAAUUGGUUUCCGCGGCCCGAGCGGGAUACCACACAUCUAUAGGCAUUGGAAAACAAAUGAAGUGGUAUCAGUUGAUACAUUCGCCAAUGUCUCUGAUCGACGCCAUCAAACGACACGAUUCCACAGAGGACAUAUUCAUGCUGCCCUGCUGGAGCACGUACCAAAGGAAUGGAUUCAUCUGAAUAAGAAGAUAACUCGCGCUGAAGCUAAUGAUGACGGCGUCGUUCUUUUUUUCGACGACGGCACCAAUGCCCACGGUGACAUUUUGAUAGGAGCGGAUGGAAUCCGAUCUAAUGUUAGAGCGUCGUUCUAUCCUGAUUACAAAUUAAGGUUCAGCGGGAAAGUAUUCAUGAGAUCUACGUUUGACGUAGCUCUGGUCGAGGGCAAGGUGCCUGAUUUGCCGGCUGACGCUGCUCAUUGGUGGGGAACCAAAGAUACAUUCUUUUCUUCAAGGCUUGGCAAGGGUUUAUACACCGUCGUCGGUGCUUACGAUGAUGGGCGAAGUGCCGAAGAAUUGGAAAAGUCUAUUACGUGGGACCAAGCCGGUAAUGUCCAAUUUUUGAGAGAGAAAUACAAGGAUUGGCACCCCGUCAUUAAAGCUCUGACUGAGCUGACGCCACAUGCUCGUCUUUAUCCCAACUACGCGGGCGAUGCGCUUCCCUCCUGGAUACCAUUUUCACGCGUUACACUCGUGGGUGAUGCGGCUCACACUCAUGGAGGUUCAUUCGCCGCGGGUGGUUCGCUAGCUCUUGACGAUUCCCUCGCACUUGGAUUGGCUUUCAAGCACAUCUUUUCAUCCCAUUCAUCAAAUCUUCCAUUUUCUCAAGAAAACAUUCGCCGAGCUUUCAGCUUAUAUGAUCAAACAAGAAGACCUCAUACAGCUCGCCUGCUGAGCAUCGUCCACGGCUUGAUAAGUCGUAAAGCGCCAUCAUAUGCAACACCCGAGGAAGAAGAUGAGGCUCUUCGAGCCAGAAUGAAAAGCCGACCAGAUCUUCAAUGGCUAUCUGAACAUGAUGUAGAAAAGGCCUUCGCACAAGUGGUUAAGAGCUCUGAGAAAGAUACUGCAACCGCAGAAGAACCGCCGGAGACUUCAAGAUCAGACAGUCUGUUAGAGAAUGCAAUGGCAUUGCGUGCUAGCAAGUUGUAA